AUGAAUCCUAAAACAAAAAGUAUGCAAAUAUUAGAUGAUAACCCAAUAAAUUCAAAGGUUUCUCAAGUCGUUACGACUGAUGAAGGAAGUGUUGGCGGAGUAAGCGUGUACGAAGAGGAGGACGAUGAUAUAGAUUGGGAGGUGAAUCCAGAAGCGGUAAAGAAGUUGGUAGAGAAGUACCAGGGUGAGGAAUUUCCUUUGUUCAUGGGGGAGGAUGUAUUAGAUCCAAAUAAUCCUCAUAUUCAGGCGUUACAGGCGCUAGUAUAUGAUGAUGAGACUCCAGAAAGUUUGGCAAGACAGUUCAGAACUGUAGGGAAUGAGUAUUUUCAAGAUGGAAAGGUAAGGUACAAAGAUGCAAUCAUAGCAUAUACAAAAGGUAUAGAACAAAAAAGCGCAGACAAGGAGACAAAUUCUUUGUUAUAUUCCAACAGAGCGCAUAUAUAUUUGUUGUUGAAAAGGUAUGUAGAUUGUGUGGACGAUUGUAGAGCCUCUCUGAAAGAAAAUCCAAGGAAUGUGAAAGCAGCAUAUAGAGGGUGCAGAGCUUCGAUGUGUAUGCAAUUAUAUAAGCAGGCUUUAAACUUUGCAUUGCAUGGGUUAAAGUAUGAGCAAGCAAAUCCUGAGUUGUUAAAGCUCAAAUCUCAAUUGGACGAAAGGCUUUCGGAGAUUGAAAGGAAAAAAAAAGAACGUGAAGAGCUUGAGAAGAGAGAUGGUAGAAGUGAAAAUGAGCAAAAAAGAGAUCAUAUAAUUAGUGAAAGAGGAUAUAUUUUAGGAGAGGCAAUUUAUGAUGUGAUACAUACUUACAAUCACGAGAUAAAAUAUUUACAAGGUGAGUUGGUGUGUCCAAUAUUAAUAUUAUUGGAUGAACCAAUGCUUUGUGAAUUUAUAUGUGAAGCUAAAGAGAGCUCAACAUUGUGUGACCAUCUUAAGGUAAUGUUUCCAAAAGAUAGGAAUUUACCAUGGGAUACUAGUGGAAGGUAUAACUGGGAGACUGUUUCGGUGUUUUACGAGCCUGGUCCGCCUCAUCACAAUAUUGUUUGGGAAGUUUCUAUUGAGAAAUCUAUACGAGAGAUUUUAGAUGUGGUAAAAUAUAUUCCCAAAAUCCCAACAUUACACAUUAUUGCAAAGAAUUCAACAUUUAUUGAGGAGUUUACUAAAAUAACUUAUAAUGUAAUCAGGGAUCCUUUAUUGGUUUGUUAA